UCGGGGGAGGGGCCACUGCGGCUCUGGCUUCGGGAGCAGGCACAGUCGGUCUCCUUGACCACGGCAGAGAUGAAGAGCCAACAGAAAAGCCCUGACCAGACAGAUGGAAGUAUUACAGUGAACGAAGAAGGCUCUGUAGCCACUGCUGAAGACCCUGCAGCUAUCGCCACAAUUCAGUCUGCUGCUACGUUCACAGAUCAACCCAUUAAAUAUCUCUUCAAAACAGAGGGGGCUGGUGGACAGGUGACAUACAGAGUGAUCCAGGUGUCCGAUGGGCAGCUGGAGGCUCAGACUGAUGGAGCUGCAGCAGUUAGCCUGGUGGCAGGCUUCCCCGCCACCUCACAGACUGUUACACAGGCUGUUUUCUCUCAGUCUGAGGGAUUGGAGGGCGAUGGUGGUGCUGAGACACAGUACACUUAUUACCCAGCAACCAUUGCAGAUGCCACUACUGGCACAAUGGUGACCACCGUACAGGCCCCUGACACUUUGUUAGGCCAGCCCACUUCCACAGGCCAGCUUUAUGUAAUGAUGUCACCACAGGAGGUUUUGACUGGAGCCAACCCCAGAACAAUCGCACCACGCACUCAACCGUACUUGGCAAAGCAAGAUGCUCCUCGGGGUUCCAGAGAUGACAAGCGGCGAGCUCAGCACAAUGAGGUUGAGCGUCGGCGGAGAGACAAGAUCAACAACUGGAUUGUUCAGCUUUCUAAGACCAUUCCAGACUGUAAUGUGGACUACACCAAAACUGGACAGAGUAAAGGAGGCAUCUUGUCAAAAGCCUGUGAAUAUAUUAAAGAGCUCAGGCAAAGUAACCUAAAGCUCGGAGAAGACAUAAGCACUCUAGAUCGUCUACGGAUCGACAAUCAGCUCCUAAGACAGGAGGUGGAAGACUGGAAGUCCAAGAAUCAGAUUCUGAGAAACCUCCUUCGACAGCACGGCAUUGUGGGAUCGUCCAGCACAGAGCCCCAAUGAGAGGCCAGAUGCCAAUGUGUAUUAUAAAAACUAUGGGCCAAAAGAGAGUACUUGAAAAACGUAUACAGUACUUGUGUGCAUGGAAAAAAGGUCAAGCAAUUCAACAUUCAAUUUUAGCUUUGUUGUUAUUAAUACUUUUUAAGAGUUGUAGACAUUGAAAUUCAGUCAUCACAUGUUGUAAAGAGAAGUAGGCUCAUGCAGUUACAGUAGAAUCCAUAUCCAGUCGUGUAAGCUCCCCUCACAUAACAACUUCUCCAUGCUUCUUAUUAUAAUGUCUC